AGAUAUAACUAUCCUGUGUGAUAUUUUUACAUCGAGGUUGUAUUUGCUAUUACAAAGUCCAAGCAUGCAGUACCGAGACGCUUACGCGUUCUUCGUCUUCCUUGUCUUCAUCAUGAUCAUCUUCAACUACAAGGACUACACAGAGCGUCUCAAGACUACCUCUAAGCCUUUCACUCCACCAAAGGUUUCUCCCUUACUGUCAAACAUCACACUGAUUCAGAAGCUAAACCGGUCUCUGACAUUGGAACAGAGUGACAGAGUUGCACAGUGCAUCACAUCUUUCCAGAACAAGGGACCAUCCCCAGAUGACACGAUGGAUUCAGAAACCUACUUGAAUGCCCAUUCUUACCUGAACUCCAACAGUCUGAUCAUCGACCUGGGCGGAAAAUCGGCAGAAGAACUGAUUAAGCGGUACAAACCACGUCUAACAGUCAUCUUAGAGCCAGUUCCUUACUUUUACCAGGAACUUGUUAAAAAAUUCUCAGGUAUUCCAAAUGUUGUGAUUUAUAAUUUCGGUCUUGCUGCAAAAAAUGAUGUCUACCGAGCGAAGAUGGACAGACAUCCUGACAUGUCUACAGAUGGCAAUAGAAAUGUUGUUGUGAAAGUUGUCAGUGCAAAAGAUUUCUUCAUUGAGAUGGGUGUAGGGUUUUUUGACGUUGAUUUGCUGAAUAUGGACUGUGGGGGAUGUGAAUAUGAUGUUAUGGACGUCAUUCUUUCAUCAACACUCAUCAAGCACUUCAGAAACAUAGAAUUUCAACCACAUCCAAAAAAAUCUAUCUACGACUCAGUUCGCAGAUAUUGUCAAUAUGAAGAGUUACUUAAAGACACACAUCAAAAUGUCUUUAACCACAAACUUGUGAAGGAAAGCUGGGUUCGUCUGGAUCUUCAAAAGUGAAUUUUGUUAUCUAAUCAAAACAUACUUAAAAAUUCCAUUAACUUGUAGACAAAAUUUAUUUUAUAUUUUACAAUCUGAUUUUGACAGGGGUUUCUUGAUGUAUAUAAUUGUACUACUUGAUAAAACAACCGUGUGAUAUGCAUUUUUAAACCAUGUUUUUAGGCUGAAACAUUUAUUUGUUAAUUACUAAAGUGUGAUAUCUGUACACGUGUCAUGAUAUCUUAGAUUCACAAGGAUUUAUUAAGCUUUCUUAUAUACAUGAACCAUGUAUAUGUAUUCUUUUUGUAAUGCAGAGUUAUCUGCUCUUAAGAGCAGGUGUUAAUCGUUCUGCCAUUAAUUUCCUGAGAGAAUUACAUUGUUUUCUCGUAACAUUACACUCAGAAAUAAGUGACGUAAUAGUCAAUACCUGCCAUCAAGAACAGAUAACUCUGCAAUACGAACAAACAGAAUUUUAAAUUCUUACAAAUCAAAGUCUUUGUAAUGGUAAUAUAUGUAACGGUACAUAUGGAAUAUAGUAGGUAAUAUUGAUAGUUUAAUCCAAUAUCUGUAAUGGAUCCUAACAAACAAAUGUUCGUUGCAUAUUACUGGAAUAGAUAUAUGAUCAAUGAAGUAAAAACAACAGUAUGGACAAGUGAAUUGACAUUACAGUUGUUGUUAUUGUUGUGAUCAUAUAUAUACACGUAUAUAUAUAUAUAUACCAUAUACAUAUGUAGAAAGAUUGUUUAAGGAAUAAAGUGUUAGGUUUAUAUUCUCAUAAAUGGAUUUGCCCAUAAGCUCCACAUAUAGACAUUUGUAGACAUAUAUUUACAAACGAAAAAGAAAAUCAGAAUUCAAGCAGCUUCCCUUCUUUUAGGAUCAUAAGGGAGAGAGGUGGAGGUUGUGCUCAAUUCUCUUUUUCCAUUUCAUUGUUUUUGUUUUUUUUUUCUUUUUGUUUCUUCUGUGUUUGGAAAGCAUCAAUACAGUACAGUAAUAUAUCCUUCAUCUCGUUAUGUUUUUCCUUGUACAAGCUUGUUUCAUAUCCGUUUGUCAUUAUACUAGUAUUUAGAUUGUGCAGUACAUGACUAUGCUAUCUACAUGGGUUGAUAUAUUUCUUUAACUUUUACAUAGAAAUUAAUCACAGAGAGUAGAUCACUUGAACCUGAUAUUGAUGGAGAAAAUAUUGUCUGUUUCACAUUUUAUGUAAAAUGAUACUUUUUUUUUCUCUUGGUGAAAAAACAAACCAUGUCCUGUAAUUUAUUUCUUUCUUAAAUUCAUUCAAAAAGCAAACUUUGUACAGGGUAUGAAAUAGAAUGUAUUUGAUGUCCAAGUGUAAUGAAACCUAUACAAGAUUAAUACAUAAGUAACCUUGGUAAAAAACUAGCCGCAAUAUACCACUUGGCUAGAGAGAACUUCUCUUUAGCUCGAUUGGUUGAGCAUGAGACUAGUAAGCCAGGGGUCCCAGGUUUGAUACCUAGCAGAGGCAUUGAGAUGAAAAAUGACCUCUAUUACAUUGGUGCCCAUGUAGGGACUCGAGAAUAGUACUUAGUCAUGCCCCACCAGCAUCGUUGUAACCCCUGGAAACUUGAGGACGAGUUAUUUCCUGGAGGGGGAGUAUGUAACCCUGGCUCUUUAGCUCGAUUGGUUGAGUGUGAGACUAUUAAGCCAGGGGUCCCGGGUUCGAUUCCUAGCAGAGGCAUUGAGAUGAAAAAUGACCUCUAUUACACAUAAGUAGUACUACACAUAGUGGUAUACUAUAUUUGUGUAGAAAUCAGCCUUCACCAGGUCAAGCUCCUUCAUUCUUUCUCCCUGUUAAAUAUCAUUACCAUAAAAUACCUUUUCAUUAUCUUGAUAUAAUUCCACACCCUGAGUUUGAGCCAGAAUUAAUAUGUUGGCCUCCAGGGUUUACUACAGGUUAAAUAAAAUGUAAUGCUACUGAUGUUUUAUAAACUCAAUAUAAACUGUACACGUAAAAUCGUGUAUUCUUGUUCGGGGUUUAUUUUCAUUCAUUUUGUGACUACUUUUAAGCCAUGAAAUCAUAUGAGUAGACUUAAUGAGCUAUAAUAGUAAUUUUUGAAAAGCUAUGAAAAUUAAGCUACGCAAAAAUAUGUGAUUUUGAAGUAUUUUUAGGCUGAUGGCAUAGGGGUAUGUCUACGACACUCCUGGCUGGGAGUCAAUGAUUGAUAAAUGAUUAAUCAUAUAUCUUAUUAUAGUAAAUACUCCAUUGCUGGGCUGCUUGUUUCAUUCAAAAAUACAUAGAGUUACCUCCUUUUACGUAUAUUGUUAAAGCUUGUCACUUUUUAAAGUUUUUGAGUUACAGACUUUUGGUGACAAUCUUGUUUCACUUUAUUAAAAUGACAUCUUCAGGUGGAUUAUUAUUUCAUCAAAAAGUCAGUCUGGCGAUACUUAUGAAACUAAAUCAAAACAAAAUCAGUUAUGAAAUUAAUUAAGCCAUCAAAACCUAUGUGAGAUAUGGAGAAUGUCCCUUCAAACUUGAGAGUCAUCACUAAUUUUUUUGGGAGUAAGAAACAUACACCCAAGGUUUGACCCUGAUAUUUAAGGUUCUGUAGAAGAAGUUCCUGAUUUCUUCAGCACAUUUCAUUACUAGACUAUUUUAUACAUCUGGAGCUGUGAAGUUUGAUAGAAUCAGUCCCCUUACAUCCUCAAUACUCGAGGGGUUACGAUCAUGUUGAUAUACUCACCAGUAAUUAAUAGUAGUUACGUGAAAGUGAUUUAUCAACAUUUUGAAUUGUCAGAACAUUUUCGGUUAUUAACAGGACAUUCCCUAUAUAUAGCAUGUUAAUUAUAAGUUGCCCAAUUAUAACAGGACAAUUUAGAAAAGUGUGUGCCAUUUGUCCUCAGAUGUGUAGAUUAUCAUCACUGACAAUAUAUAAUGGUUUGGUGAUUAUAAUGACGAUCACUCUCCAUGUGAUAAGCUUCUAAAUCCACAUUUACUAGAAUUUGUAGAAAAUUAAAAUAUUGUUUACUUCACUGCUGAUUUUGAGUUGCUUUACUUGUGACACUGCUAUGUGAUUUUAUUUUUUAUUUUACAUUGAAGUCCCCGCUUUGAUAAUUAAAUGAUGUAUAUUUAUAUGAGUGUUGUUGUAAAUACAUGUUAUAUGUUUUAAAACUAUAUAAAAUCUAUUUUUAUCAAGAGAAUUGUUGUAAAUUACCCACUGACUAAAAUUGAUAUAAUUGUUGAAGUUAUGUCAUAGAGAUGUUGUUGAAAGGAAAUGUCGUUUAGUGAUAAUUUUGACAUAGGUAUAUGUUACUUACAGGGUUAGUUAAUAUAUGUAGUGGAAGAUUUUAUUUUUAAGAGAGUGAAGUGAUUGUUGAUACACUGGUACUGUAAAGUAAUUCACUUCCUUGGUGAUUUAUUUUUAUUGAAGUUGUGAGUACUGUUAAUCAGAGAACUCAGGAUUUCAUGAAAUGUUAAAAUAAGUAACUCUGUUGCGUUGUAUUUAUCCAUAAAAUCAAAUGUACAGGAAAUAGUGAUUUUAUUUAAAAAACACAAAAAUUGAGCCCCAGAAAAUGAUAUCAUUUUACAGUCCUAGACUCUAUGCAAAAAUACCAACUGUUGACCUAGCUGUCAUCAGCUUUGAUUUUUGCGUAUCAGACUUUUGAUUGGCUGACAGCAGCCGAUUUGAUUUGUGAAGAAAAAAUAUAAUAAAAAGAUUCAUUGGGCAACAAGAAUAUGUUACAUUUUUAAAAGACCUACUGAUGAAGCCAUUUUAUCAGUCAUGCAAAAUUAACUCUCUUUCCAUAACCACUCUAUAAUUUGAGAGUCAAAAUACGGUUCAUUCUAAUAACCAAUGAUAUUUACAACAUGGUUACCAAUAUUUGAGUCUUGCUUUGAGGAAUGGUUACCAAUGUCUCAAGUCUGUGGCUUUGAGGAAUAGUUGCUCAUGUGUGAGUCUGUGGCUGUGAGGAAUAGUUACUCAUGUGUGAGUCUGUGGCUGUGAGGAAUGGUUACCCAUGUCAGAGUCUGUGGCUGUGAGGAAUAGUUACUCAUGUGUGAGUCUGUGGCUGUGAGGAAUAGUUACUCAUGUGUGAGUCUGCGGCUGUGAGGAAUAGUUACUCAUGUGUGAGUCUGUUGCAGUAAGGAAUGGUUACUCAUGUGUGAGUCUGUGGCUGUAAGGAAUAGUAACUGAUGUGUGAGUCUGUGGCCAUUUUUACACAAGUUGGUGGCAUUACAUGGAGGAUUCAGUUUUGACUACUGAAGGAAAAUGACUAUAAAAUUAAAAGUGCUUAAGACAUUAGUGGAUUUUGGCCAAGAUGUUUUUCACUGACUACUUCUAUAGCGUCAUCAAAUUAGCAACAGGCAAAUCAAGCAAUAUGUAAAUUUAUUCGGAGAGCUGUCUAUAGACAAUACAAUGUACUCAUCAUGUAUGGGUGAGAAAGUUAUUGAGGUGACAGACCAUGGGUAUAUGUGAUGAUUAUAACGUUACUUAAACAGACCAUGUCUAAUAUGUGGUGUAUAUAUAUAUAAUCCUGUUUUUUUGGGUUUUUUUCCUCUCUCUCUUGAGUGAAAGUGAAAUUUUCAACUUUAACUAAACACUUGAUAUUGAUUUCUGUAAGCUUGAGCCAAUAAAGAUGUUGAAACAAAAUUAGUAGAAAAUACAUCCAAUGGUCCUGAUUUGACAAUAGUCAAUGGUACAUUUACAGGUAUAUAAAUGUUCACAGUAAGAACAGCAGAAAAUAAUUAGAAAAUAAUUAGAAAAUUAGAUUUUCAUUCUAACAUGUGAUAUCAUUAUACAUGUAUAGAAAAUUUCCAUGGUUUCUUCUUUCCAGUCUCAGAGGUAUAAAAUUGUUUUAUCAUUUGUAUCAAGUAACAAAGCAUCUUGUGGACUACAUACAUUAUUGCACCAUUUGAGCUAAAAUGCAAGCCAUGGCCAAAAUCCUUCAAGUUAUGUAUAUGUAUGGUAUAGCUAGGUCAGUAAAUUUCACUGUUUUUUUCUGGCAUCAAUCUCACUUUCACAUAUUACCAGUGAAUAUGUGAUUUUUAAUGCUAGCCUCAAAAUAUUUAUAAGGUAUGUUAUUUUUUUUGUAAGAGUUAUCUCCCUUAAAUUUUCAUCAAUACUCAUUUCAAUUUUUCAUUAUGCAGUAUUAUCUAGCAAUUACUGCCAAAAUUUUACUGUGGCCAUCAAGUAAUCUUUCAUAACCCAUUUACAUCAUUUUAGAUAUAAGUCUCAUGUAGUGUGUACAUUUCACUUGUGUUAUUGAUAUUGUUUAUGUGUUACACGGCAUCAGAGUAAAUAUAAUUCACAGUUGAUCAUUAAUCAUCUAUUUAGAAAAAGAACAUUAAAUAAUUGAAUGUGUCUUUUUUAUAUACACCUGUACAUGUAUAAGUACAACUUAAAGUAUUUAUGAUGCAGAAAAGUAGCAUACACCCUUAAUGUUAGGAACAACAUAAGGUAUACUUUUUCUGCUAUUUACAGCAUUAGAGGAGGUGACUCUACUGAGCAUUAGGUGGAAGACCUUUAUAAUUAGGAGGAUAUAUCUAAGUCAUUGUAAUCAAAGAUGGUUAAGGCCAAGAUUUCAAACAUUUUCAUUAUAGGUUUAUUCAACAACUGAAAAAAAUGUUAAUCUGUGAAGGAAAACAACAAAAUAUAAAAAACAUCGGGAUGAAUUAUGUUUUUGUGAAAAAGGAAUUGUUUUAUAAUUUACUUCAUACUUAUAUUGUUGUGUAUUAUGUGUUUGUUUAAGAUAUGUUUGUACUUUUGAUAUUUUUUAUUGUUGCGUAUAGGCAGAUGGGGUAAUUAAAUGUUCUGCCAUUAACUUAAAGAGAGGUUUCAGAGCUGAUUGUGAGCAAAAUCUGUAUUUCAGUAUUUAAAUUACUAACUAAUCAUUUUUGCAUUAUUAACAAAUAUGUCCUAACUUUUCAUAAGUAACACCAUUGAACGAAAAUUCUUUGGAGCAAAACUGAAAUGAUAAAAAUAUAUAGAUUCAGACUUGGAAUAAUUGUGAAUUUUUGUGUCAAGACAAAUUUAGUUUUGGUUUUAAGUUAACUUGUUUUGCUUGGCAAAACACUUUUCAGUCGCUGUUUUCUUAAGAGUGAGCUCUCAUUUAUAAUCAGAUGUAUUCAAAUAUAUUUCAUUUCAAUAAAUAAUCAAUAUAUGUAAAUUUGAAAUAAUGGCAGAUUUAUGCAAAGGCUGUUGUAAUAUUAACACGGAUUGUGGAACUUUGUGGUUUUAUUUUUUAUCUCAUUAGUAUGAUUAUAUUUACUGAAUGAAUAAAGACACUUGUUCUGAAA